AUGACAAACAAAAACCAUGAGGCAUCCAUAAAGAACCUAGAGAGACAGAUCGGGCAAAUCUCCAAGCAAUUGAUUGUUGAGAGACCUUCAAGCUCACUACCUAGUGACACAAUCCCAAAUCUCAAGGAGGAGUGCAAGACAAUACAAUUGAGAAGUGGGAAAAUAUUGAUGAGCAACAAUGACACUCCAAAGAAACAAAAGGAGAUCAUCAAGGAACCAACAGAGGAAGAGAAGCAAACAAAAGCAGAUCAAGCUGAGGAGCAAGUUGUGGUGCCAACCAAAAACAAUGAGAGACUCAAAGAACAGGAGAACCAGCUACAUAGCUCAAAGGAAAAGACUCAAGGAAAGCAGCAGAUCGAAAAGAACCUCACACCUCCACUACCAUAUCCUCAGAGAUUCAACAAGGAGUUCUUGAAGGACCUUAUCAAUAAGAAGAGAAGUUGGCUUGAGAAGGAAACCAUAUUACUGACAGAGGAAUGCAGUGCUGUGAUUCAGUGGGGCAUUCCCCCAAAACUCAAGGAUCCGGGUGGCUUUGUAGUGUCAUGCACCAUUGGAAAAACAAUUCUCAACAAAGCUCUCUGUGACCUUGGUGCCAGCAUCAAUUUAAUGCCUCUCUCAAUGAUGAGAAAACUUGAUAUAGAAGAGCUCAAACCCACCAGGAUGUCAUUAGUUAUGGCUGACAGAUCCAUUAAGACACCCAAUGGAAUUGUGGAAAAUCUAUUGGUGAAGAUUGGGGAAUUCAUCUUCCCAGCAGAUUUUGUGAUCUUGGAUACUGAAGAGGAAGGAAGUGACUCAAUCAUUUUGGGGAGGCCGUUCUUACACACAGCAAGAGCCAUCAUCGAUGUAGAAAAAGGAGAAAUGGUCUUCAGGGUCCAUAAUGAACAAAUGAUCAUAAAUGUUUUCAAGUCAAUGCAAAAUAGCCCUGAGCAAGAGGAUUAUGUAAAAGUGGAUAUGAUAGAGAAUUUGGUGGAAGAAAUGCUGGAAGAAAGUUCUCAAGAGCAAGAAGGAGAUCAAAGUGCAAUAGAAGAACAAGUAGCCGAGACCUUCACAAGCAAAGAGGUGAAACCAAGCAAGAAAGAAGAGCCUGAGAUGCCUCAGGGACAUUACUUCCCUCCACGUGAUUAUUUGGAUCAGUUGACAACAUCUAUUGAGCAGCUGACAUCAUCAGUUGACCAGCUGAGGAUAGAGCAUCAGAAUCACUCUGCCUUCCUUUAUCAGCUGGUGGAGGAACAGUAG